AUGCCGCCCUCAGACUCCAGAACGAAGAUCCGCCCACAGCAGUCGUGUCUGAAAUGUCGCGAGCGCAAAGUCAAGUGCGACCGCUCAGUUCCAUGCCACGCGUGUAUUAUCCGCGGCCUCGAGGCCGAAUGCACGUACCUGACGACAGCCGAGGACCGCGCGCACAUUAGCCAGGCGGAGAUCAUCGAGCGAUUACGUCGCGAGGUCGCGCAGCUGCGGGGCCAAUUGAAUCAGGGUCCUCGACAGAGUCCGAGUCCGAACCCUCGCUAUGCACGCGCGCAUACAGGCCAGAGUCCUGGGUCUGGAUCAAGUAACGCGGGGGUGAGUGUUGUACCUGGACCUGGAGCUGACGCUGGCGCUGGCGCUUGCUAUCCGGGUGGGGGGGUCGGUGGAUGGGGGGAGCUGGCCGGGGAGCUCACCUUCGUCAACGACGACUAUGACGAACUCGUACAAGGCCAGUUUGGGCCUGUGGAGAUAGAUGUUGCGACUGUCGGUGAGGCUGCAUUAGGGGAUCCCUUGGAAGAUGCGACCAUAUCGCAGUGCCAUGCAGGCAGCAUGGCUUAUGCGCCGAGUGAAAUCCCGGGAUCGAUCCCAAUGUACGGCUUUCGGCAAUCGAUGCCUCCGGAUGUUGGUAUACAUCCGAUGCAGAUGUACGGGGGUGAUAGUCCUGGCUAUGCAGUCGACGACCCAAAUCAAAGACAGCCGUAUGUCGGCUACGAACUCACAAACUACAUCAUAAACGGCACAAUUGAUGGACGAUCUCAUACAUAUCAGCAAUGGGUCAACGAUAGAGGACACCAGGUUCCUCUGACGCAAGCGUACCCCGAUUCUUCACAUUAUACAUCAUCGUCUCUUGGCGGGUUCUCCCACAAUCCCGCGCAUCUCCACUUAACACAGCCUCUCGCUCAGAAUGCUCCACACCUGCCCGACGAAUCAUUUAGAGAAACCCCUUUCGAAGCUAUUCCGGACUCCUGGAAAGGCGAAGGCAAAAAGGCGUUAUUGGAGACUCUUUUUCGGACGAUCAGUAGCUGCGACGAGGAGCGCGUGGGUCAGGUUGUGCAAGUUGUUCGGUCCAGCACGACGCCCGAGGAAGCCGUCUCAGGAAUCUGUCAAGUCUUGGGAAUUGGCCCAUAA